AUGCGGGAAGUCAAUUUCAGCAUUCCGAGCGUCAAUAAGGCGGCUGUGAGCAUAACCACAACCCUAUACGACCGCCGUGCUCUGGAUUGUACUUCGACGCUUCCGCUUAUAAAUUCGUUGAACCAUCUUGCUUACCUCACUACCUCCUCCGCUCGUAUUCGCGACAUCCUGACUGUCGAUGGAGGCAUCGAACGCCUGGUCUGUAUCCUCAAGGAGGGACGCAGCAGGGACCUGAUGGAGAUGUGGAAGUGGAAUCUUGCUUUCCAGUGUAUUGUGAAUAUCGGCGUGCGAGGCUCGGAAAAUGUGCGAACACGAGUCGUGGAGGCUGAUAUGGUCCCGGUGAUUGCCACCAUUCUCGAAAAUUACAUUCAAGUGGUCGACAAGGUCCGGAGUUCAAGUGAGUCGGAAGCUCAGCGAAGUUCGGCCAAAACCCCAAAGUCCCAGCCCCGCCCCCGGGAGCAAGUCGUUCGCCCAUCGUUCGAUCGCGCUGCGACGUCGAUCUCAGAUCAUCGUACGACUCGGCGGCAAGCGCCCCCGCCGUCCAUAGCAAUACCUCAUCCUUUUUCCCAAGACGCCCGUCAAACAGAUGGCGGAACAAUGGAAAUCACCCCCUCUCCACAGAUGGUCUUGACAUCUCCCCCAGAGCGCACUGCUUUCCCUCGUGAAAUGCAUUCGCACCGCAACCUUCAGCCGGGUGGCCAUCGUCACCGAAUCAUACAGCCUUUGGCAACGGCUGUCCCGUCAAUAGAUACCGCUGAUGGUUUUGGACUCCGACCAGUUCGUGAUGUGGAUCGAUUACCGUCACAGGUCCCCGGGUUGCAAACUGGACUUACCUCUCAGCCAGAGUCUCCAACCACACCCCACACUGCCGCUGAUCCACAAGCCAUCCCUCAGUACAAUGCAAGAGCGAGGAGACGACCCUCUGUCCGCCAACAGCGAUCCACGUCUGGCGAGUCCGAUGAUGGGAAUGGAGAAGAUGUCGUCAUGGGAGAAGACUCAGCGGAGCCGAAUGUGGCUGAGCCAAUAAUUGGGCUCCAAACUGGUAUGGAGAUUGAGAAUGUUGGGGAUCAAGAUACCAUGAUGGAUGACGGUACAGACUCUCAUGGAAUUGCCCUUUCGAACCCGUCGGAGCAGCCUGAUGCAGAAACGUUCAAUAUUACUCACCGCUCCGUUCCCGAUGGAAGUUUGAUGAACCCGGCAGCGCAGCAAACUAAUGGCGCGAUCACUCUCCCCCCUACCCGUAUUGCUGUUACGGGUACUCCCAUAAUCCACCAGAUACCUUACCCGUAUUAUCUCCGUGAUCGCACCGUGUCACACGCAGUUUUGACCGCAUUGCCCCGGGACGAGGACGUGCUCAUGGCACUCCAGCUUUUGGCAUAUGUGUCCAAAUAUUGCAGUCUACGAUCAUAUUUCCAGAAUACCCAUCUUGUUCCUAAAUUGAAGAUUGGAAAGGAUAUCAAUUUGCUGGACGAUCUGAAAGGCCAAUCGAUCCCACCGACAGAGCCCGGCGAGGAAGCAGAAGAGUACUUAUUACCCGACGACUUCAACAUCUUCCCUCUAGUUGAGAAAUUUACUGUUAGACACCAUACGAAAGAUAUGCAAUAUUGGGCUUGCGUGGUUAUGAGAAAUCUGUGUCGUAAGGACGAUUCGCGCGGUGGCAUUCGACAGUGCGCCUACUACAAAUGUGGCAAAUGGGAAGAAUACCAGAGACAGUUUGCCAAAUGCCGCCGCUGUCGACGCACAAAAUAUUGCAGCAAGGAAUGCCAGAAAAAUGCCUGGGUAUAUCAUCGGCAUUGGUGCCACAGCUCUCCCUAA